AAUGAAGCUAGUGCCAUGCCCACUUGUGAUGUGCCGGUUUACCGCCGGUAUUUAACACACGACGUCACAAUAGUAGCCUACCUAACUUGCCGACGAAUGUCGUCGCUGUCAUUAGUCCUGUGUGGAUCCCGUCGCUUAGAUGGUAUCCAUGGGUAACCAACAGCAAUGCCAGAUCAUUACCGCCACUGCUGCUCUGUUUCUGGCAGUCGGUUGCAUUCUUCUGCUCGUCGUACCCAACAAAGACAUCAAAGACCCGCCAGAGUUUAUGUAUGGAAUAGUCCUGGAUGCUGGAUCCUCUCAUACGGCCAUGUUCAUCUACAAAUGGCCAGCAGACAAGCAAAAUGGUACCGGCAUAGUCAGUCAACACAGCGAGUGUCAUGCAAAGGGAGGCGGGAUCUCCAGUUAUGCAGGUGUCAGAGGAGGAGCAGCCCGUAGCCUUGAGGAAUGCAUGGGAAAAGCCAUGAAGGAGAUCCCAAAGUCAAAACACAAACUCACUCCUGUGUAUCUCGGGGCCACAGCAGGCAUGAGACUACUGAAUAUUUCUAAACCCAAAGAGUCAGAUGAGGUUUUAAAGGAAGUUGGAGACAAACUGAAGAGCUACCCGUUCAGCUUCAAAGGUGCCACUAUCUUAAGUGGACAAGAAGAGGGUGCUUACGGAUGGGUCACUGUCAACUACCUGCUUGAGAACUACGUCAAGUAUGGUUUUGUGGGUCAGUGGCUGUCUCCAGGCAGAGACACGGUUGGUGCGCUGGACUUUGGCGGAGCUUCUACUCAGAUCACAUUUGUGACUAAACAAACAGUGGAGAACAAGGACAAUCUGAUGAAACUGCGGCUGUACGGACAAGACUAUCUGAUUUACACUCAGAGCUUUCUGUGUUAUGGCCGAGACCAGGUCUUACUCAGACUGCUGGCACAUCUGAUGACGACUCAGGGUUCAGACAGCUCCAUAGUCCAUCCCUGCUAUCCCGCAGGCUACAAUCAAUCCAUUACGCUGGGCAGUGUGUUUGACACUCCAUGCAAUAAAAGACAAACUCCCUAUAAACCUGAUGACGCCCUGCAAAUAAAGGGCACCGGAAACUACAAUCAAUGCCUGGGAAAUGUUACUCGUCUCUUGUCUUUUAACAGCUGUUCUUAUUCCAAAUGCUCCUUUGAUGGAGUCUUCCAACCCAACAUUACAGGCAACUUUAUAGCAUUUUCUGCAUUUUUCUACACCCAUUCCUUUCUUCAAGAAGCUGCAGGCAUCAACAUCAUGUCUCCAGCAGAUUUAGAGGAGGCUGCCCGUGUCGUCUGCAACAUGAGCUUUCAGGAGAUGUCAAAUAAGGCUGGGAAUCAGGGAAACCGUUUGAAGGACUACUGCGCAGUCUCUGUCUUUGUGCAUGUGCUCCUGGUCAAAGGAUAUGGUUUCGAUGAUCUCUCCUUUCCACACAUCUCCUUCCAGAAGAAGGCGGGAGACACAUCUGUCGGCUGGUCCCUUGGCUACAUGCUAAGCCUAAGCAACCUGCUGCCUGCUGAAGAUGUUUUAUUGAGAAAAUCAGUGAGCUCAGGCGCCUGGAGUGUUUUGAUCUUCCUCUUUUCAGUCCUUCUUUUUAUGGCACUAUUUUUUCUGUUGCAAGCCAUCCGUAAGAAAAAGACUGAUAAUGUCAUUUAAUAACGAUUGCGUUAUAUUGCUCCCUAUGUACGUUGUUUUGCACUGCCCCUAACAAGGAUGCUUCCGUUUACAGUACACUGAAAAAAUAAGGGUACACAAAGCACUUCUGGUAUUACAUUUUAUCACAUUUCAAUAACCUAUUUCUUAUCAAGCACAUUUUAUAUCAAUUUAUAUAAAUUAGAAUUUUAGAAGAGACUUGGUUUUGCGUAAAACAUGAGCACAAUGUUAUUACUGUUCCUAAUUCUGUCACUGAACUUAUCACUGUCUUUUCAUAAUAUUGAAUGUAUGUUUUUUUUUUUUUAGAUAAGAUUGUGUACUGUGCCUUAACAGCAUUUAAUUAAUCAGAUGCUAUUGUUUUAAAACCUUCUGGAUUUAUUUUUGAGCAAUGUUUGUGUGCUGUAAUACAAAGGCACUGAAAACAUUGAAAAUGGAAAAACUAGAAAAUGUAGCUUUGCAGAUACAAGAAUGAAUUUGAUUUGGAAACUGUACUAUUGCCUACUAUUAUUCCUGCUGAAUCAUGAAUGCUUUUGUAAUACUAAAUAAUUUACUGUGUUUAUUAAUUUGUCUGUGUGACAUUUUGUAGAUAACAAUAACAUACAGGUAACAUAAACAGAGAGCUAAAUGCUUUUUGGCCUGUAGUCCAGGUCUGUUAGCUUCGAAGCCAUCUAUAUUCUAGUGUAAUCCUCAAUAUUGACAAAAUUCUCUUUUAGCAAAUAUUGAUGACACAUCUUGUGCAACACUGCCUGCUACCAAAUUGCAAGCAUCAUCAUGUUCAUAUCUGUGAGACUGUGACGUACAGUAAAUAAAAAAAGACUACUGGCUAUUAAAAAAAA